AUGGGACCGCUGAGAAGCGUUCGAGUUUACCACACGAGUGAAUAUUUUACAACCAAGCUUAUUGCCAGAGUCGAUCCUAAGAAUGUGUUCAAUAAGGGCUUCGUGAAGGGUUCGAAAACCGUGAGUAAUGAGGAAAAUGAUUUGGCGUUGUUGAAAACUCGUCGUCCGAUUAUCUUUAAUGAUAAUAUAGAACCAGUACUAUUGGCUUCAUACCCGAUGGAGCUUGGACAAGUAGGAAUCAUUGCGGGUUACGGCAAGUCCGAGUCUAAUGCAUCCAAGCCGAGAGAAGGUGCAGUGCGGAUAAUUGACUGCAAAUACACUAUUGGUACUGAUUUACUGUGUUCUGUUGGCGCGGUCAGGGCUGGCUCCGGAGAUUCUGGGGGACCAUUGAUUUCAGAAGGUCGACUUCACGGCAUAAUAACACAGAGCUGCUCUGACGUAGAGAUUAACAAGUUUUGUGUCACUUUCUAUGUUGAUGUUGUCGUAAAUUUGAAUUGGAUUCAGAACGUCAUGGAUUCGUCAAUUAAGACUCAGGUUCUUUGA